AGCGGUACACACACACACACACACACACACACAGACACACAUACACACAGACAGACCAUGCACCUGAUGACUGCACGGCACGAAAAGGACUGGAUCCAUCGUCGAGAUCUCGCCCGGGUUCCUCAUGCAGCUCCAUUUGUGUAACUGAUCAGUGAGUUACCCAUUUCUUGUGUGUGUGUGCGAGUGUGUGCUCAUUUGCCUUGCGGGUUUUGCUGAUGGAGCUCCCCGAAUGAAGAACCCAAUUGAUGUUAUGUGGGAAGUCGGGUACACGUUUCAGUUAUCUACAAAAGUGAACCAGCUGCCAAUUGUUUCAGUGAAUACACACAAAAUCCCUGCAGUGGACGGACAUUGUUCUGCUGGCUGAGUCCUUCUACGCUUGCCGCCGGUUACGGUGGUUGAAGGGAGAGAGCAGCUUUUAAUCGGCUGCUGUUUUCUCUGCAUCUGAGGAGUAUCUGAAACCCACGGAGUUCGACUGGGCUUCCUGGCCAUUCUGCACAACCUGAAACGCUGUAAAACCAACAAAAAACAGAAAUGCAAAUGAAAAUGCAUUUCAAAUGAAAACGCAUUUCAACUCGAGCAACGCUUCGUCGGAUAAUCCGAAUCCACUGGAUUGAGCAUCACUAGGUGCAUUUAGGUCGAAUUGAGACGAGAUCAGCUUUUUAAGAUACGUCCUCAGAGAUCAACACUCUCUGUGGUUUCAAAGAAAGUUCUACACAUGAGAAGUAUUUAUUUUUCACUGCACAUUUCUGUUGCACAUAUUUUAGCGAAUGCUCACGCGUAAUUAUAUCCCCUCUUUACACCAGGCAUGCAAUGCUGGGAACAGCUUUGGAAUAAUCAGAUCUCGCAGCACCGCAAAGCACUCUCGAAGAACCCGGACGCUGUUACAGCAGGAAGCGACUCGCAAGAGCUGAUGAACCCUGAGCACACCGACUGCAGCUCGCAGGCGAAAUGCCAACCUAAAAUGACUCUUGUAAAGAAAUCAAUAGCUGCGGCACGGCACGUAGAUCCAUUGAUAUACGUCUGCAUUAUACUUAUCCUCUUGGGCUACAUGGGUGUCGACGUCUACACUCGCAGAGCGUCGGAGUAUGAUCCUAGAGCUUGCCCGCCGCUCCACGCAGACGCAUCAGCACAUCAACAUGGGAAAUUGACAAGAAAAGGUACUCGAAUGAUGGACUGUGGAUCAAUCGAGGGCCAUCUUCCCUUGGAGCGGAGCUGGUUGCUGCAGAGUGGAAGCAAAAGUAACUCGCCAGACGCUUGGCGCUACAUGAAGUGGAUCGGAAAGCCGGCGAGGUGCAGGGUUAAGGGGCAUUUAAUCGAGGCUCUCGAUGAUGUGUACAACUUCCGGCGGGGGUAUGCGUUAAAGUACGUCGCGGAUGUCGAAGACAAGACUCAUAUUUUGCCGUGGUUGCUUGGGAACAGAGUCGACUUGAACUUGCCCCGGCGGCGAGUGCUGAUGGACCUCGGCGGCAACAGGUUCGACACCAGUGUUACGUGGUUUAAUCGAAUGUACCCAUGCGAUUUUACCGAGGUGCAUGUUUUCGAGAUCGACAGGAACCUGUUCAAAUUCCCCAAGGAGGACCAUGAGGAGUUCAAUGGACCCUUUCAGAACUCCGCAUCGAUUAUGGUGAGGAAUGCGCCGCCAAUCCCCAAGUGGAUGAUUGACCGCAUGAAGCUAUACAACGUCUUUGUCUCGGACGGCGAUGACCCCAGCACCAAUGCCCUCAACAUCACGCGAUUCAUGACGGAAACUCUGGACCUUAAAGCUGCAGAUACGGUUGUUGUUAAGAUGGACAUCGAGGGAAGCGAGUGGUCCAUUCUGAAACGAUGGAUGGCUAACCCUGAAAUACCGCGGAUUGUCGAUGAACUGUUUGUGGAGAUUCACUACAGCCAUGAAAGUAUGGAUGCGUUCGGCUGGCAGCAGUUCAAGGAUCACACGAGAGACGAUGCCACUCGUCUUCUCGCUGCACUGAGAUCAAAAGGAUUUUUCGUUCAUGCAUGGCCGUAAGUGCACUGUCAGUGGCUCUAAUCAUUCUUGAUCUGAUCAUGUGAGCCAUCGUCAACUCGAUUGAAAGUCUACUAGAGUCUUCAUCGACCUGAAAAUUCUCUCAGAAGGUUUUGUGUAGAUUAGUUGGUUGCAGCAGUAGCCUAUAUUUUGUCUCCGGCGUCAGUCAAUUUUCUUAGCAAGGCUUGUUCAAUUUUAUGAAUUGUUCAUUUCAAAAUUCGACAUUAUGGUUCCAGUGCGUUGAUUAA